UAAUCUCUUUAUUUAAGAUACAUACUUGAGAUAAAGGGGAAUUACUAAACCAAACACAACGGGAAUUCUUUUUGAAACCAACAAGGAUCACUCAAUAAAUCAUUUUCCCGCACAAAAAUUUUCAGUAAGCAUUUUUGUGAGAAGACAAUAGAGGGAGAAGAAAGAUAGCUAUGGCAUCAACUGAACCUUCCAACAACACCGAAACCGAAGAAGAGUCAGAUGCGUUCCACAGGAAAAGGGCACGCCGCGUCAGCUUCGCCGACAAUGAAAUCACCUCCGUCCACAUCUUCCGUCCCGAUGACGACCACUCCACCUCCUCCUCCGAGGUUCCUCCCGAAAAUUUAGGUCUCUUCCGCGAACUUGGUGGAGACAGCGACGAUGAAGACGCCGAACGCAACCGAAACCCCACUGAGGAAGCCGCCGAUCACAGGAACUCUUUCCUGCAACCAAUCGGCCCCCCCUCUCCCGGCGGCAGCAGCACUAACCUCGAAGACGAAGACACUGAUGAUGAUGAAUUUCGCGGCCCCGUGUCUACUGAUUUCAUCAAACCGGGACGGUUAUCAGACUCGGGUGUCUCAGAUGACAUCACCAUGGAUUCAACAGCCUUUUCCAUGCAUUACCGGAGUCUCGCCCGCUCUGAUUCCGGGGAUCUCAAGACGCCGACUAGGUUUGACGCGACCAUGACUACACCCGGUCAAAACAGCGACACUUUGGGUAGUUACAUGGAACUCACGGACGGUGAAAAGAAAGCACCUCAGUCUCCAGUAUUGAGGAGCGGCAGUGGGGACUCAGAUUACAUGAGCAUAGUGGGACAAUCAGAAACUUAUGAUUAUGCAAGACUCUCUCCUGGGUUGGUUGCAAUUUUGGCUUAUGGAAGCAAGGAUUUGGAUGGUGUCUCCCCAUUGGGUUCAAAAGCCACACAUUCACCAAUUGCAAAUGAUACUGGGGUUUUAUCCAACUUGGAAUGUUCAGUUAAUUCUCCUGCUCGUCAAAUCACUCAUGAUACUGCAGUUGCUUCGACUUCUGAAUCUUCAACCAAGAACACUAAGGAGUUUGUCAAUGAUGCAACUCCGUUAGCUUCUAAACAAUUGGACUCUGCUAAGGCUAAUAGAGGAACCCCGCCAAAGAUGGACGAAGGUGAUAAGUUAGAUUUGGCUGCUAAGUAUGAACAGGGUUUUUGCGAAGUCCCUGUAAACGAGAGUAGUUCUAAAGACAGGGGACAAGGAACUGACACUAAACAUAAGUCUGAUCAGAACACUAAGGAGUUUGUCAAUGCUGAAACUCCGUUAGCUUGUAAACAAUUGGACUUUGCUAAGGCUAAUAGAGGAACCCCACCAAAGAUGGAUGAAGGUGAUAAGUUCGAUUUGGCUGCUAAGUAUGAACAGGGUUUUUGCGAAGUCCCCGUAAACGAGAGUAACUCUAAAGACAGGGGACAGGGAACUGACACUAAUCAUAAGUCUGAUCAAGUUACUGGAAAUCAUCCCAUACACGAGUUUACAGCAUUGUCACAUUCUGCAAAUAAACUACUAUUUGUGGGCUCUCCUGAUUCAUUUAGAUGUACUGGAAAUAUAACACCCCCCUUAGAGGAAUCUGGUUUGCCUGUGGCCGAGGUAUGUGUCGCAAAUAGUGCAACUUUGUCGUCCAUAGGUAAAAGCAUUUCAAAGUUGAAAACUCCUAAGACUACUCCCAACACAUCUACUCUCGAAGAAGGAAUUGACAAAUUGAAACACAGGUUUUCAAAAGACAGGAGACAAGGAACUGACACUAAUCAUAAGUCUGAUCAAGUUACUGGAAGUCAUGUACACGAGUUUACAACAUUGUCACAUUCUGCAAAUAAACUAGUGUUUAUGGGUUCUCCUGAUUCAUUCAGAUGUACUGGAAAUAUAACUCCCCCCUUAGAGGAAUCUGGUUUGCCUGUGCCCGAGGUACAUGUCGCAAAUAGUGUGACUUUGUCGUCCAUACGGAAAAGCAUUUCAAAGUUGAAAAUUCCUAAGACUACUCCCAACGCAUCUACUCUCAAAGAAGGAAUUGACAAAUUGAAACACAGGUUAUCAAAUUACUCUCCAGGGACUUCUUUAUUUAGUGAAAGAGAUUUUGAAAACAAGCAGGUUGGAACUCUUACCGCUCCUUUGGAAGAACAGCCAUUUAGUUUAAAUUUGGAGAAUAACAUGCAUCGAAGUUUGAUCACUACUGAUGAUCAUGUUGUUGAUUCUUUGAUAAAUAUUAGCAAGUUGAGCCAAAAUACAGAAACUGUGGCCAUCAAAACGGAUGAAGAAACUGUGGCCACCAAAACGGAUGAAGAAACUGUGGCCACCAAAAAGGAUGAGGAAAAAAAUUGUUUGGUUUCAGCCAAUGUUUCUGACAAUGAUAAAAAUCUCAAGCCUGUGGAUACUGGCGCUUCUCCCUUGCUUAAGACUCAUAUAACAAGAGUUGCAGAUUUUGACAUGGCUGAUGGCACAGCUGAAAAAAGAAAAGAUGAAAUUCUAACUGCUAUGCAUGCCAAACCUUUUUCUUCUCCUGUAAAAUCAUUUGACCAUGCUUUAUCACCAUCUGUAGAAUGUCAAAGUAAUCGCCAUGGUGAGUUGAAGCAAAUGGAAAUGCAGAAUGAGUAUGUUAAUAGUGGUUUAGGACAAACCAUUGAAUAUGACCGACGGACUGUAGCCAAAAAAUUGGAUUUGUCUGGUGUUGGAAACAGCGAACAACCUAGCUCACCUUUUGAGGAUGCACAGGGGGCAUUAAAGGGAAAACUGGGCAGGAGUCCUAAAAGAUUUCUAAAUCUAAGCAGCCCUAUUAAAGCAGCAACAACUGUGUUGCCCUCCCUGCAAGAGACUCCCAGUGAUAUCCGUGACCUGUCUCACAGGAUUGAUUCUGAUGGGCAUGGUGUUGAUCUUGAUAACAACUACCAUCGGACACUCCAAGCACCUCAGAGUCUUACCAAAACUGGUAUCGAGGUUUCUUCUGGGGGAAAAAGGGAAGCUUCCGAGAUAUUAAGUAAUGGAGACAAUAGACAAAAAGGAAAGGUUUCUUCCUUCGAUGCUAUCCAAGAAGCAACAACUGUGUUGCCCUCCCUGCAAAAGCCUACCAGUGAUAUUCGAGAUCUGUCUCAGAGGUAUAAUUUUGAUGGACAUGGUGUUGGUUUUAAUAACAGCCACCAUCCGGAAUUCCAAGUUUCCCAGAGUCCUCUUACGAAAACUGGUAUUGAGGUUUCUUCUGGGAAAAAGAGGAAGGGUUUCAUAUUAAGUGAUGGAGACAAUGUAGAUAGGAUAGGGAGGAUUGACAGAAGUCCAGAGGUUCAUAUGCGUGGGAAUGGAGAUCUACCAUUUGUUUUGGAGCAAACACGUUAUAUGAGAAGUGAAAGAGAAAAGUUUGGAGAUCAGACGUGGAAUGAUUGGGACCAAAUUCUACCAAGAUUCUCAACCAGCACAGAACAGUUGCUUUCUCCGUCGUUUGCUAAGCUAAAUUUGAGAUCGAUUGGCAUGCUGGAGGAUAUUUUGGUUAAUCUGCAGAAAGUUAAGAAAUGGGAUAUUCUGUCUUCUGAAAUUCAUUCUCAGGAAUUUGCAGAUCCUCAAAAUACCCGACACAAAAGAGUUGUGGAAGUGAAAAUGUUGCUUUUUAAUAUUGUAUAUAAGAGGGCCAAGCUACAAUUAAUGAAUGUUAAGCGUGACAGAUUACUGAAAAAGGCACAACAGCUGAGUUCUGGGCUUCAAGAGACUCAGAUGAUAAAAAAUUCAAUGCUAUGUUCUGCUCAGGGUGGACCGGUUGACAUUCAAGCUGAUGAUAGUCAUAUCAAUACAAGACUUUUUGAUUCCCAAGGAAACUGUCAGGUUUCUUGCAAUAAAGGGAUGGAAGUGAGGCAGGAGCUUGAAAGUUUGAAUCAGAAAGCAAAAUCUUUAAGUGAAUUCUUUUAUAGUCACUGCAAGAUGGAAGGGGAUCAAAGCUGUACGAACAUCCUCAAAUCUGUUCCUGAUUAUUUGGAAAAGAGAACGUCUUAUAAGUUGGUUUUCCAGAAAUUGAAGUUGUGGGAUAUUGAAGAUUUUGAGCGUAAGGAUGAUUAUCACCUAAUAACUCUCAACUAUCGCGGAUAUAUCAUCCAAAGGUUCACAGUAAAUGCUGGUCUAUCAAGCAUUAUAGUAUCAAAUAGCUUGAAUGAUGUGAAUAUUGGAAAGACCUAUCCAAAUAUGGAUGCUUUCUCUGCAUUUCUGUUUGCUUUAAAUCCACUUACCACUAGCAAAUGCACAGGUCAAAUCAGUAUGGCACAAGAAACACAAAUAACGGGUUCACUUUUAAGUAAUUUGCUAGAUGUGGUUGAGGAGGUUCAGUUAGCUCGGAUGGAGAUUGGAAAUUUGAUCGAGGCUAAGUUCAAUUCUCAGUCGGUUCAUCAACUUGAUUUGCAGCUAUUUUUCAUUGACUUCCUUGGUGGGAAGAAGGUGCAAGUGAUUCUCAAUAUGACAUGCUUAAAAUGCGGGGCCUAUCCUGCAGAGGUUCUUCCAUCUCAAAUAUAUGAUUCUGCAGUUAGUCGGGACCAAAAGGCUCUUCCUUCGUUGCUUGUCGAUGAAAUAAGAACUGCAGCUGAGAGUGUGGGUGUGGGGUAUUCAAGAAUCAUUCGGCUAUGUAGGUGUAUUUCCCAGGUAGUUCGGGGUUGCACCCGAGGCAUAUGAUAAUGUCUAAUUGCCUUCACACGUUGUAAAUUUUGGGUGGAUUGUAUAUUUUCACAUCUUGUGACGAGUAGUUCUCAUGCAGCAUCAAAACCAUUCACCAAUUUUCCAAUGAUUAGUGCUGCAAUAAAAUAAUUCAGUUUUUUCAGAUA